AUGGGACACAAGAAAUUUGAGGACUACCACAUAACGAAGGAGCAUAUCAAUGAGUUGUUAAAUUCGCCAAACAUAAUUUAUGAAAAUCCGGACUUUUGGGACGACUUCAUCUUGAACGCGCAACCGUCUCGUACGGAGAGGCUUCUGUAUCGAAUAGAGUACAUGCGGGACGGGACAGCCAUAUACUAUAAGAGGACGCUGCGGGAUUUCAAGAAGCUCUUCUGCUGCUUCUAA